AUGCUUCACGUCAGAGCCCCGUCAACGCACGCCGAGAUCACCGCGCUCGACGAGAAACUGGCCGGUGCCGAUACGGCGACCCUGGCACCCUUCCUCCACGAGCGCAGGCAAACCACCGAAACCCUUCCAUAUUGGCUUGUCAAUUUACCUCGGUCGCAAUGGCCUGUCGACUGCCCUAGCUUUCUACGUGAUCAACCCCCCAAAAAUAUCCGAUGCCUCUCGACCCCCGAUCACCUCUAUACCCGGCAGGACUGGGAGCAAGUGAAGGAGAUCAUUAGUGAGUGGCAGCUGUUAUCACGAAUGCAAUUGUUCACACCGCUGACUGGGAUUGUGUCAAUGGCAGAAACCAACCGGAUCGACCGGUUCCAACGUGUCCCAAGCGAGCUGCGCAAGUAUCUGGAAUACAUGGCGCACAUCAAAGCAGAGUAUGGGGGUGUCAUGAGAUUUAUAGUCAAGGAAAGGCUGGGUUGGGGGGAUGGGGAUGGCCAAGACGUCAAGCCUCGAGGCCAGCCUUUUGAAUACGACGAUGAUCUUCGGAUCAUUUACAACGACUGGCCAUAUGGCGUGGACAAGGACAUCAUCCAUUUGGUAGUGUGGACCAAGUUUGAGCUGAAAGAUGAUCCAGCCACUGGGUACCUCACAGCAAGCGCCCAAGCAGCCAUUGAGAGCUAUGUGCAGGUCACAUUUUGCUCUCGGGUUCCACCUGAGCAGGUCGUCUGGUUCAAGAACUGGAAAUCACUCAAGUCAGUGCCUGGACUUGAACACUUCCACGUCAUGCUCCAUCGCCCCGAUAUGGAAUUUGUUCGGGAGAUCACCCGUGGAGACGUGCCGCUGAUCAACCGGGUGUGA